AUGUCCUUGGCCUUCCCUGUGGGCCGGAGGAGGGGCUCCAAAGCCAUCCCAGGGUGCUCUGAGGAAGAAGGACCCAACCUGUGCCGGGAAGGCGACCAGAGCUUGAGCCAGAGCUCCAGCCUGGUGGUCCCUGAGCAGCCUCCCACUAGAAAGAAGCCCUUCAGGUGCUUGGAAUGUGGGAAGACCUUCAGCAGGAGUACCACCCUCCUCACCCACCAGCACAUCCACACUGGGGAACGUCCCUACCCGUGUGGGGAAUGUGGGAAGAGCUUCAGGCAAAGUUCCAACCUUAUCCAACACCAGCGCAUCCACAGUGGGGAAUGGCCCUACACAUGUAGGGAAUGUGGGAAGGGCUUCAGUGACAGCUCCAACCUCUGUACCCACCAGCGCAUCCACACUGGGGAACGUCCCUACAAGUGUGGGGAAUGUGGGAAGAGCUUCAGGCAAAGUUCCAACCUUAUCCAACACCAGCGCAUCCAGAGUGGGGAAUGGCCCUACACAUGUAGGGAAUGUGGGAAGGGCUUCAGUGACAGCUCCAACCUCCGUACCCACCAGCGCAUCCACACUGGGGAACGUCCCUACAAGUGUGGGGAAUGUGGGAAGAGCUUCAACUGCAACUCCAACCUCCUCAGCCACCAGCGCAUCCACACUGGAGAACGUCCCUACAGGUGUGGGGAAUGUGGGAAGAGUUUCAGACACAGCUCCACCCUCCACUCCCACCACCACAUCCACACUGGGGAACUGCCCUACACGUGUUGGGAAUGUGGGAAGAGCUUCAACUGCAGCUCCAACCUCCUCAGCCACCAGCGCAUCCACACUGGGGAGCGGCCCUACACAUGUGGGAAAUGUGGGAAGAGGUUUCAGACCAGCUCUCAUCUCCUCAGACAUGAGCGGACGCACACGGAUGGGAGGCCCUUCCGCUGCACCGACUGCGGGAAGGGCUUCAAGCAGAACUCCACCCUCCUCACCCACCGGCGCAUCCACAGCGGGGAGAGGCCCUACAAGUGUGGGGAGUGUGGGAAGAGCUUCACCGACAGCUCUACCUUGACCAAACACCAACGGACCCACCAGUAAGGGAAGCCCUGCCAGUGCCCCGACUGCGGGAAGAGCUUCGGCAGUAGAACUGACACGCAGAAAAGGUUUCAAAAGGUCUUCAGGAUUUUGAGUAUCUGCACUCCAACAUCAGUUUAUUCUUUUGAAUAUGUGUAAGUUUAACCUUAUUUUAGUCUGAAAGCCAAAUUCACCACUACCCCAUUCUCUGAUAACUGUAGGUUGAUUCUGACAAGUGAGGCAGAAAUUACCCACUGCCCAGCAAAAACCAGUGGGGCCAGCCAGUGGUCUCUGCCUUGGCAGCCCAGUUUCCUCAGUCUCAUCUCAAAAUGACCAGUUACACUGAAGCAAAGGGCACUGGAACCAGUGCAACAAGCCCCAGUCUGACUUUCACACCUGCCCACGUGUCCUGUUUUCUGCUGCUCUACAGACUUCCUUGUUUAAAAUACAAUGGAAAAAUGAACAGGUUUUGGGGUUGUUUUGGUUUUGGGCUUGGUUUCUUUUCCCCCCACUGUUCUCAUUAACCUCAUUUCAAAUCUAUUUCGGUGUUUGAAGAUGAAAUAAAAUUUUGAAUGAUUUUUAAUGU